UAUUGCGGCUGAGAUUGUGGACAUUUUGCAAGAGAGGAUUGAUGAUUUAAUGGACCAAAUGUAUUUCAACAUAGCUGAAAAAUAAAUACACUGAUAUUUAUUCUAAAACAUCUCUUCUUAUUUUAACAGAUUGAAUGAACUCAAGUUGACUGGAUUACUGUAUUACAUCUACCACUAAUAUUAAACAUUGUUCGGGCAUGGAGGUGCAGAGAUUGAACAGCAUUCCCAGUGAUUCUUUUCCAGAACUAAAAGCAUCAGAAUUACUCUCUUUAUUUGGUGGCAGUGAGGAAAAUGUAAACUAUUUUCUGAGCUUAAAAGAAACUUUAGCCUAUCACCGUGCUAAUGGCAAGCAGCUUUACUGUGACCCUCGAGAUCAUGAGAUGGUGAAAAGACUAGAAGAGGCUGAGUGGAGACCACAGAUCACUUACAAAUAUUCUGAAAAAGUUGGUUUCACAAGUAAACAAACAGCACUUAAUGAUGAUGCUCCACAAAGUGAAGGAGGUGAUCUGACUGAGAUGACUCAUGACAGUGAUCCCAAGAAAAGUUUUGUAUGUGGAGUGAAUGGCUGUCACCAAGUAUUUACCACAAUAGCCAGCCAUGAGUCUCAUUAUCAGAACAGCCAUGCUUUUGCCUGUGCUACAUGUAAAAGAACAUUUGUUUCAAACUUUCUUCUGGACAUCCACCUUCAAGAGAACCAUGACUCUUAUUUUCAAAUACUCAGUCCAAGAAUUGACAUGUAUCGCUGUCUGGUAGAAAGUUGUGACCAAAAGUUUAGAACAGCUGAGCUACGCAAAGACCACCUUGUCUCUCAACAUAAAUAUCCUGCCAACUUUACAUUUCAUGGGCUCAUUUCAUCCAAAGCAAAAGUUCAGUCCAAAGAAACAUCAAGUACAAGUUCCAGUUUGAUGGAAACUGAUGGCGUGGAAACACAAUGUCAAAAUGUAAAAUCUAAAGGGAAAAAGAAAUCCAAAGGCAGAGGGAAAAGUGUACCCGCUGUCAUUUCCUUUGGCUAUCAUGGAUCACACAGAGCCUUUCCGAAGAGAGGCAAGGGUAGCCAUUGGCACCAGCUUGGGAAGAAGGAUGUGGACACUACAAUUGAUAUUGAGACGGUCAAGUUUUCAGAUCUGGCAGAUACACUGGUUGAAUGAUAUCUGCAAGCUUAGGCUUUAUAAUGUUAAGCUCAAAUCUAAGAUGUAUGGAACUAAAAAGCCUUUUACUGCUACAUUUCAAAUGCCUCAAUUGGACUAAAAUCUAAAUGGUGUACAUAUAUUGAAAAGAAGUCAAUUGUCUAUCAAAAUAUGUUAAUAAUUAUCUCAUACUUCGGGCAGUAAAUUAUAAUACUGUCUGUGCAUUUACAGAUCACUUGUUUUUAAAUAAACUCUAUUGUUUGAAU